CGUAAAGCGCGGCGGUCGAACGGCCGGUUCCGGCUGAAUGUCAGUGCGGAGCUGUGCGCCGGGGAGGAAGGCGGCUGGCGGUCCCUCUACCACCUCCGCCGCUGCCUCCUCCGCUUGUGCUGCCCCUGCGCGCGCCCGGCCGCUGGGCCGCUCGGGCAUGAGACCGUGAGGCGGGCAACGGGUCGGGGCCGCCGACAUGUUUGGCCGCUCGCGGAGCUGGGUGGGCGGGGGCCAUGGCAAGUCUUCCCGCAAUAUCCACUCCUUGGACCACCUCAAGUAUCUGUACCACGUCUUAACCAAAAACACCACAGUCACAGAACAGAACCGGAACCUGCUAGUGGAGACCAUCCGUUCCAUCACUGAGAUCCUGAUUUGGGGAGAUCAAAAUGACAGCUCCGUAUUUGACUUCUUCCUGGAGAAGAACAUGUUCGUCUUCUUCUUGAACAUCCUGCGGCAGAAGUCAGGCCGCUACGUGUGCGUUCAGCUGCUGCAGACCUUGAACAUCCUCUUUGAGAAUAUCAGUCACGAGACCUCGCUUUAUUAUUUGCUCUCUAAUAACUAUGUAAAUUCUAUCAUUGUCCAUAAGUUUGACUUUUCCGAUGAGGAGAUUAUGGCAUAUUAUAUAUCGUUCCUGAAAACACUUUCAUUAAAACUCAACAACCACACCGUCCACUUCUUUUACAAUGAGCACACUAAUGACUUUGCCCUGUACACAGAAGCCAUCAAGUUUUUCAAUCACCCUGAAAGCAUGGUUAGAAUUGCUGUAAGAACCAUCACUUUGAACGUCUACAAAGUGUCAUUGGAUAACCAGGCCAUGCUGCACUAUAUCAGAGAUAAAACUGCCGUUCCUUACUUCUCCAAUUUGGUCUGGUUCAUCGGGAGCCACGUGAUCGAACUUGAUAACUGUGUGCAGACCGAUGAGGAGCACCGGAAUCGGGGGAAGCUGAGUGACCUGGUGGCCGAGCACCUGGACCACCUGCACUAUCUCAAUGACAUACUGAUCAUCAACUGUGAGUUCCUCAACGACGUGCUCACAGACCAUCUGCUCAACAGGCUCUUCCUGCCCCUCUAUGUGUACUCCCUGGAGAACCGGGACAAGGGAGGAGAACGCCCGAAGAUCAGCCUGCCGGUUUCUCUCUAUCUCCUGUCACAGGUCUUCCUAAUUAUACAUCAUGCACCCCUGGUGAACUCGUUAGCUGAAGUCAUUCUGAACGGUGAUCUGUCUGAGAUGUACGCUAAGACCGAACAGGAUGUUCAGAGAAGUUGUGCCAAGCCCAGCAUUCGGUGCUUCAUUAAGCCCACCGAGACGCUAGAGCGCUCCCUUGAGAUGAACAAGCACAAGGGCAAGAGGCGGGUGCAGAAGAGACCCAACUACAAAAACGUUGGGGAGGAAGACGAGGAGGAGAAGGGGCCCGCCGAGGAUGCCCAGGAAGACGCUGAGAAGACUAAAGGUACUGAGGGUGGUUCAAAAGGCAUCAGGACGAGUGGGGAGAGUGAAGAGAUAGAGAUGGUGAUCAUGGAGCGCGGCAAGCUCCCCGAGUUGGCGGCCAAUGCCUCUGUGCAGGAACAGAACACCACGGAUGAGGAGAAGAGUGCCGCCGCCACGGGCUUGGAGAGCGCGCAGUGGAACAGACCCUUCCUAGAUAUGGUCUACCAUGCCCUGGACAGCCCAGAUGAUGAUUACCAUGCGCUGUUUGUGCUCUGCCUCCUCUACGCCAUGUCUCAUAACAAAGGCAUGGAUCCUGAGAAACUCGAGCAAAUCCAGCUCCCAGUGCCCGGCGCGGCCGAGAAGACUACCUACAACCAUCUCCUGGCUGAGAGACUCAUCCGGAUCAUGAACAGCGCGGCCCAGCCAGAUGGGAAGAUCCGUUUGGCGACGCUGGAGCUGAGCUGCCUGCUCCUAAAGCAGCAAGUGGUGACCAGCGCGGGCUGCAUCAUAAAGGACGUGCACCUAGCCUGCCUGGAGGGUGCCAGAGAAGAAAGUGUUCACCUGGUGCGGCAUUUUUAUAAGGGAGAAGAAAUUUUUUUGGACAUGUUUGAAGAUGAGUACAGGAGCAUGACAAUGAAGCCCAUGAACGUGGAGUAUCUCAUGAUGGACGCCUCCAUCCUGCUGCCUCCCACGGGUACGCCGCUGACCGGCAUCGACUUUGUGAAGCGGCUGCCGUGCGGCGACGUGGAGAAGACCCGGCGGGCCAUCCGGGUGUUCUUCAUGCUCCGUUCCCUGUCGCUGCAGCUGCGAGGGGAGCCCGAGACCCAGCUUCCCCUGACGCGGGAGGAGGACCUGAUCAAAACGGAUGACGUGCUGGAUCUGAACAACAGCGACCUGAUCGCGUGCACGGUGAUCACCAAGGACGGCGGCAUGGUGCAGCGCUUCCUGGCUGUCGAUAUUUACCAGAUGAGCCUAGUGGAGCCCGAUGUGUCCAGGCUCGGCUGGGGAGUGGUCAAGUUUGCAGGCCUCCUGCAGGACAUGCAGGUGACCGGCGUGGAGGAUGACAGCCGCGCCCUGAACAUCACCAUCCACAAGCCUGCUUCCAGCCCCCACUCCAAGCCCUUCCCCAUCCUCCAGGCCGCCUUCGUGUUCUCGGACCACAUACGCUGCAUCAUCGCCAAGCAGCGCCUGGCCAAGGGCCGCAUCCAGGCGAGGCGCAUGAAGAUGCAGAGGAUAGCCGCCCUCCUGGACCUCCCGAUCCAGCCGACGACUGAAGUCCUGGGGUUUAGACUUGGCUCCUCCUCUUCCACCCAGCACCUGCCUUUCCGUUUCUACGAUCAGUGCCGCCGGGGCAGCAGCGACCCCACGGUGCAGCGCUCUGUGUUCGCGUCGGUGGACAAGGUGCCAGGCUUUGCCGUGGCCCAGUGUAUAAACCAGCACAGCUCGCCAUCCCUGUCCUCGCCGUCUGCCAGCGGGAGCCCCAGCGGCAGUGGGAGCACCAGUCACUGUGAAUCCGCGGGCACGAGCUCAUCAUCUACGCCUUCCACCACCCAGAGCCCGUCAGAUGACCCCAUAACUAUGGAACAGCCUCAGUCUCAUCUUCCCAGCCAGUUGGUGAUCGUCAAUGAAACAGAAGCGGAGGCCAGGCCCAGCAAGAGCCUGGUAAGGGGUGCAGAUGCGGAGACAGUCAACCUGUCCCCCAGCCUCAUCCCCGCCCAGCAGCCCACCAUCUCCCUGCUCUGUGAGGACACUGCCGACACGCUGAGUGUGGAGUCGCUGACCCUCGUCCCUCCCGUCGACCCCCACAGCCUCCACACCCUCACUGGCAUCCCAGCACCUCUUGCACCGGCCGCGGUGGGCACAGUGACACCAAGCGACGAGGCCGCACACUCGGAGCCAGCAGGCCCCGCAGAGCACUGAGUGGGCGCCGAGUGGCCUCCCUUUGUGUGUGUGGCCCUGCUGGCAGGGGCCCAGUACACCUGACUCAGAGACACAUGGGGAGCACCCACAGUCCUCACGGCCUAGGAACCCCCUCUGCCAUCUCUUCUCGCACUCCUUUGCUCCGUGUGAAUUCCCGUUUCCCUUUGCACCUCUUGCAGAGCAGGCUAGUCCCGGGGGGGACACCCCGGUGAGCUCAGGUGACCAGGCGGCUGCCUCGGGGAGGAGGUCGGCCUCCUGGUCUCUGAGCCUGAGGACCCUGGGGUGGCAGGACCCCCACCCCCAGCUGCUCCAGUCUGGAAGCUUCUCGGCCGCCAUGCCCAGUGUGCCCAAAACAAUUGGACUAAGUCACUUUGGGUAGAAAUUUGUAGAGAAACAAACUUCGGUAAGCAUCUCGUUUGGGUAUUUAUUUCCACUUUUGGCAGAAGAUAAAAAGCAUUUAUUUAAAAAGCGUCUAUUUAAAAAAAAAAAAAAAAGUCCAAAAAAAGAAUCCUCCACUCUUAAGGUUGGACGUCAUGUUAAGAGUAUGAUAUUACUGUUAAGAUUUCUUUUUCAUUUUCCCUUGAACUUCCCAGCGUUGUGUUGUAAAGCUCUCAGUCUGGCUUUCCCCAUUUCCUUACUUCUCUACCACUCGCUAACUCUGCGAGCCUGUGGAAAGUUUAGAAUAGAAAGUUACCUUCCUGGAAAGUUUAGAGUAUUUUUUAAACAAAGGUAAGGGAGAUACAUGUAUUCUCAGGUACACACAGAGCCGAGAGGGCCAACCGUUUCUCUGUCGCGGUAGCCAAGGCACCUCGCGUUUCCUGAAGGAUCUUCCCAGGAAAGGGGCCGGUGCAGCCAGCUCCCCACUCAGGACGCAUCCUUCAUCUCUCUGGACUGAAACCAGUCAGGACGGCUUCCCAGCGUCCCCUUCUGUUGUAGCCCCCUCUCUUUGUCUGGAAAGAACCGUUGGGGACCGCGCAGACUCAGGCCCCGUGGCUGUGAUGGAAAGAAGAGGCCGCAGAGGCCGUCCUCCACGUGGCCUGUACCCGACCGUGUGUGCAUGCGCCGCAGGGCACGUCCUGUCUCGACCAGUUGUCCUGGGAGCUCAGGUGUGCCACUCUCCCUCUCGGCCGCCGCUGUGGAGACACAAGCUGAUUUUUAGCAUGAAAACGCCACAGUUGCUUCUUCAUUUGAGGCAGGUGCGUGUGGGCCGGUUCUCCGAUGUCUCCUCCAGCACCUGCGCCGUUCCUGUCUGUUUAGCCGGGCCCGGCCAGGUGACCUCGCCUCUCUCUGGUCAGCGCCACGACCUUCCACGCUUUCCUCCCCGUGUGCCUGCCCAGAGUGCCAGCACACACGGGCCCCGGGACCAUCAGCCUGUUCAAGGACUGAAGGCCUCAUGGCCUCCCUCAUCCUGCUGGGGCAGCGGAGCCCACCGAGGAGGGGCGUGGCACCCAUGGGGACAGGGAUGUCCAUCAGCAGAAGCCCUCUGCGUUGGUGUGCCCACCCCGCUUCAACAGGGAAGAGACCCAGCCGGAGAAGGAGGCCAUGCAGGCAGAAAUUCCAGGGGCCUCGGCAGGAGGGAUCAGCCAUGACCAGGCGCAGAGCCCUCCAGGAAGGAAAGGCAGGUGGGAUGGAAGAAGGGGUCAGGUGGUCCAUGACGAGAAAGGGCCUGUCAUGAGCCCUAGGUGCCGGCAGCCGGCCACACGUCCUACCUGAUCUUUCACUUGGAUAGAAGAGAAGGCUGGUGCUCUGGUUUUGCCAUGACUCUGGGGCAGCAGAAACGACAGAAGGCAAGUAACUUCCCAGCCCGGUGGCAUUAUCGUAAAGAACAGGCCCAUACAGGUGGACCCAAGCCCCCCUCCAGGACCACCAGCCUGCCAUCUGGAAUCCGGUGGCUCCCAGUGGCUUCACAGCCGCCGAGCACUGAAGGAGACAUUAGGGACAGCACAGUGGGAGGUCCUGAGGCAGCACUGCUGAGACCCGGACAGUGGAGCUGUUGAACGAAAGGUGCCAAUUGCUGAGAGCAGGCCUGUCCCGGAGGUGGGCUUGCAGUGUAGGUCCUGUGGCUUGCCUCAGCAGGACGCCUCUAGGCGUGGGGUGGGGACUUCCUUAACCAGGGGCUCCCCAUCACCUUGCGUGUGAGGAGGAGGCAGGCAGCCGUCUUGGCUCUGAUGAAGGACCUGCCUUGCUAGGUGUUGACCAUCAUGGUAGCCGCAGGCAUGCUGUGUCUUCAGGAGCACCCCAUAAACCUAACAGCAGGGGCACUCCGAGGCAGGCCAGCCCAGACAGGCUGUGCUGGGACCCUGGGGUCAGGCAGAGGCAGGUAGAGCCGGGAAUCCUUGCAGAGCACGAGUGGGGACCGUGCCCUCCUGGGCUCAGACUUCUGGGGUCAAGCUCGGCAAGCCCACCCCGCCUACCAUCUCCGUGUCCCUACAGAGAGAAGGGCCAGGCCCCCCCUCCUCAAAUCCAUUAGGCCCAUUGGGUUUGCCAGGUCAGGGGCAGGGUUGGCCCCAUGAACCCUCAAACCUCAGCUUUAAAAGUUGCUGUGGAGAAGCAUAUGUCCCUCCAGUUCAGGGGCUUGAGAGAGCAAGGGCGCCUCUAGCUGAAGGUCAGACUGGGUGAGGCCGGGAGCUCUCCAGGAUCAGCCCCAAAGCCACAGCCAGAGUGCGGGAGACCACCGUCCCGGGGAGGGGCGGGAGGAGGGCCUCCACCACUGCAGGCCUUCCCUGCUGCCUUUCCCUCCACCCAGCCGGUCUGCUCCCUGCUCUCCGCAGAAGGCAGCUGCCCCCACCUCCGCCCCUGCGUUAGCAAACCCCCCACCCCGGGUGGGAGCGAAGGACAGACAUACCUCUUUCAAGACAUACACUAGAUUUCUCUAAGGUCUCAGAUGCACUGUUAGAAGUACAGGCACGGCGUGAACGGAUGCUCAUCUUCUCUAAACGCAAUAAGUAAGAAGCAUUUAAUGUAGUCAUGUUGACAUUGGGCAUAAACUGUCAGGGUUCCUUACGUUCCCUCUGAGGUGAAAAUAUGUAAAUAAUUCUUGUCCCAAGGAGGAGCAGGGGUUGGGAAACCCUCAUGCUUCUGGGCCAAGGGACCGUUCCAGGGAAGUACCUGCUCUCGCCAGCCUGACUCAUGCUCUGUGGGCACUGACACGAGGGUGGAAACGAAAACUGGAACUUCCUGGUAAAUUGGAACUUGGCAAUAAAAGAGAAAAAGUUA